AAAAAAAAUAAUCAAAAUGACAAGAACUGAAUUUCAAGCGAUCGUUUUGGCUGGUGGCCGUGGAACACGUUUUCAAGAGCUCACUGGCGAACGGCUCAAAUGUUUGUUGCCCAUUGGCCCGUUUCCGAUGAUUUUCUAUCCGUUGCAUAUGCUGCAGCGGCACGAUUUUCAGGAGAUUAUUGUUGUGGUUUUGGAAUCGGAACGAUCUGACAUUCAGCAGGCCCUGGAGCGUACACCAAUCAAAGCAAAAUUGGAUUUCGUUACACUGCCAUCGGAAUCAAAUUAUGGAACGGCCGAAGCAUUGCGGGCGAUUUCGGAUCGUAUUAAAUGCGAUUUGGUGCUUGUAUCCUGUGACACGAUAACGAACAUUGAUCUGUUCACAAUGUUGAACCAUUUUCGGCAAAAUAAGGCUUCAAUCGUUACACAACUCUUCAAAGGUGGAUUGGACGCUGACACAAUUGUGCCCGGACCGAAGGCUAAACAUAAACAAGAUCGAGAUUUGAUUGGUAUUCAGGCGGGCACACAGCGUCUGGCGUUCCUUGCAUCGGCUAGCGACUACGAAGAAACACUGAAUUUGUCAUACCAUCUAUUGCGUCAUUACGACCAUAUUACAAUGCACAGCCGUCUAAUUGAUUCUCACAUUUAUAUCAUUAACAAAUGGGUCAUUGACUAUUUGAAGACUCAAACUCAAGUGUUUUCGGUGAAAGGUGAAUUGGUGCCGAAAAUUGUUAAAAAGCAAAUGUCACGACCGCAAAAAAAUCACGAAAAUGAAAAGCCAUUUUCGGUGGUCAAUAUAAGUCAGGAUGAUGUCUUCCAUCACAUUUUGCAAAAUGAUGUAGACCGAAAGCAGCAUGAUUUAGAUCAAAAAAUUACGGAAACCUCUUCAUUCAACGAGUCGGUCAAUCGAAAUCCAUUCGGUGAUGAUGUAAUUCGAUGCUAUGCACUGAAACCACAAGAGAAUCGCUUUGGCAUUCGAGUGAAUACAACACUUUCUUACUGUACGAUCAACCAAAAGAUUUUCGACUUGUGGCCACAGCUAUUUGCGAACAAUGCACCACCUCUGGAGUCUCCACAGGCUAAUAUCCGAUCAACGCAAAUGACUAACUGUGCGGUGGCCGAUUAUGCCACAGUUACCGAAAAAACCUCAUUGAAAAAUUGCGUCUUGGGCACAAAUUCAACCGUCAACCAGAAAACAAGAAUUUCAAAUAGCGUUCUAAUGAAUGGAGUCAUCAUUGAAGAAGGGUGUGUCAUUGAGAAUUGUGUGAUUUGCGAUAAAGCAGUAGUGAAAAAGGGUUGCAUUCUGAAAAAUUGCCUCGUUGGACCAAAUCAUGUAGUGGCCGAAAAUACAAACAAAGAAAAAGUACAUCUCUCGAAUUCGGAUGCCUACAUGGAAAUUGAAUAAAUAUAUUUUUUUUUCAUAUCGAAAACAAACACGAAAAAAUCAUGUUAAAUGUUGCAAAGAUGAAAUGUAAUUUGAUUUCAUACGAUUUGUAAUACAGCUGAAAAGAAUUGUUUUUACAAGAAGAGAAUAUCGAUAUUUUAUUGUUAAAUAUAUUUUUUUUAACAUUCAAUGAA